UUAUGUUGCGUUUCGUGAGACAGAAAAUACAGCACUUAACUACUCUCUACAGUGACACCGCCUUUAUGAUUUCAAUCACAACCAACCAAGUAAUUCCAUGAACAUGGCUGCGGAAGGUGAUUUCCUGAUGCGAUAUCGAGCAGUAUCCAAUAAAUUAAAAAAGCGAUUUCUUCGAAAGCCAAAUGUUGCUGAGGCAAGCGAACAGUUUGGUCAGUUGGCCAAAGAGCUCAAACAGCAGGACUGUCUGCAGUAUGCUGCAUUUUGUAACCUGGCCAUGGCAAGAUGUGAGCAGACGUUGUUCAAUGCCCCAGGGGAGGCGCUUGCUCUUACGGAGGCAGCCCGGCUGUUCCUGCUCUCCGAGCGGGAAAGCCGCGCACUCCGAGCCCCAGGCUUUGACGAACACCUUCAGGCUGCACUCAAUUGCUACAGCUUUGCUAUCAAGGUGUACAUAGAAAUGAACCAGCCUGUGAUGGCUGCUAGUCUCUCUCUAGAGCUGGGAAAUGCUCUGAAGGAGAUGAACAGACACGGAGAGGCCAUAGUUCACUACCAGCGGGCCGCGGAGCUGCAAGCACAGACCCCAGUUGAGUCUCUGCUUUCUCUUGGGGAAAUGGCCUCCUGCAAAAUUCUAACACGUGACUAUGACGGCGCACUAGCUGUUCUUACAGAGAUGCAGUACACGUGUCAGGAGAGGGGGCUGCAGCUGCCUGGUACCAACACACCUGUGGGGGCGUUUUUGGAUAUUGUGGCCAGAUGUGAGAUCUCCAGAGUGCUUCUCCUCAUGCUGUUAGAGCCUCCACCUCAGAAGUUGCUACCAGAACACGCUCAGACCCUGGAGAGGUACGCCUGGGAAUCCUUUGAUUCUCACAGCCAGGUGACUUUCCUGCCCGAGAAUGUCUUUUUACUUCUGCAGUCCGUGGUGAUGGCCUGCCAGGAGAAAGAUACAGAGUCUCUAAAAUCUCUACAGACUGAAUUGUGGCCCCUGCUGUCUGCAGAGCAGAACCACCUGCUGCAUCUGGUGGUUCAGGAGCGCAUCACUCCCUCAGGGCAAGGAAUUUAGUGUGUGCUCCUAUUGCCCCUCACCGCCCCCCUACACACACACACACACACACACACACACAGACACAUACACACACACUCAUACACACACACAGACACAUGCAACACACACACAGUCUCAGGCUCAUCAACUCUGUGCAUUCACAACAUGGAACAUAACUUUCUUUCAGUCUUUCAAAGUAUCACUAUGUGAGAGAAAGCCAAGUCAACGUAGAUCUUGUUUCAAAAUUUCAUCCACAUUGAUGUAUUUACAGGUAAUGACAUGAAAGGGUCUGACUGGUGUGGCUUUUGAAGACCAAGCCAGACAAAUCUGUUUAGGGGCUACUUGUUUUAAUUUUUCUCAGUGUACAGUGUUUUAUUUUAGCUGCCAGUUAACGAUAUAAACUGGCAUUAUGAUAUGAAAUUAUGUCAUCUGUAAUGUUGGACGUUAAGUUUAUUAAUAUAUUAUUUAAUUAAACUGUUGUAAGAAA